AUGUGGGAUACUGUACGCAAAUUGAUACAGCUUGGCGCGUCAUUUGAUGAUAGAACUGAGCAACUGCAGUUUCAAAGCUAUGGCUAUGACUUUGAUCUUUCCCGACAAAAGUGGGAGCUCACAUCACAAAUGCAGAGUCUUCCUGUCCCAUUCCCCAGUCGCCAUUACGGCAAGUUUAAUCAACUUUUAAAAAGGCUGAUCAGUGCCAACUUGCCGCAAAGAUUUCGUAUAUCCUCUGCGAAACAGCUGAUUGAAUUGCUUGAUUCAUUUGAUUUUCCUUUAUCGAAAUCUGCUAGAAUUACCAGGCGUGGCGCUGCCUCCAAUGGACUUCGGUCUGUCGAGACUCAUUUGCGUAUUUUGGAAAUUACUGCCUGUGAAAAGCACUGCCCGUUCCGAUUAAUUUCUCUAAUUGGAGAUAUUUGCACCCGUUUGGUUAUUUUGUACGGACUUUAUGUGCCGGAAGAUGUUAAAGUGGAGUCAGAUGCAGAAUCAUCCUGCAGUCUGUCAGAAUCAUCACCGUUAGGCGGCAGUUCCUGUGAACCGAAAGUGGCCUACGUCGCUCGAAUGUUGCGGAGCCUGUCUUGCAACACAUCUUCCCAAUAUCGAUCCGGAAUACUUUCAUUUAUUAGUCGCAUUUUAGCUAAUUGCAGUUCGUCUACUGGGUGUCAGCAAAGUAGACCCUCCGAUGUACGAGUUUGUCAGAUAACUGCCGCAUUAAUAUCUGAUCUUGUUGCGUUAACGGAUUCUCUUGAUCAAGCUGAAAAUGUCUCACGUCUUGCUCGUUUUAUAUCAUUGGUGGGUACUCACAAUCAGUUGGAAUUCAGCAAGAGAUUUUCAGACUUGGCGGACAUCCUUAUUGGAUGGUGUGUGGACGCUUCAAGUGGUUAUCGUGGUGUUGAUGUCGGUUCGCUUUUGUCCGAACUUUCUUACAAUUUGAAUCAAUGGUGGUUUGAUUUGCCAAAUCCAAACGUCGGCCAUGUACUUACAGAGACCACCUGUGAUAUGCUUGGACAUCUGCUGGAAGAUGCCGACGCAUCCCUACAAAAGGCUGUAAACGAGUACCGCCAGAUUGGCUCAGGUUCUGUUUCUCGACGCAGUGCACAGACUCCCUUUGCUUCAACUGAGAUAUCGCAAAAACUCAUAGCGACUAAUCUAUACUUCGCUGUUUUGGCCGGCAUUUGUUUGGGAGUUAAAAAGUACAUCUCAUUGUCACAUCAAUCUGAAUCCAUAAAAUUUGCGUCCCUUGAUUUUCCUGGCUGGAACAAACGGCUGUUGAGUAUUCUUCAUGGACUUGAGUCGAUAUCCUCUGUAGUUGUUCUCAGAUCGAAACCGUCUUCAGUCUCACGAGCUUACGUACCACCGACUUAUUGUCUUCCACUGUUAACAUACGGAAGUAUAUUGCAACAUGUGCACACUAUCCUCCUCUUUACCGAAUCUUUCAUGCCAGUUGAAGGCGAUCAAUUCGGGCAAAAUGUUAGAGCAUAUCUGAGUCAACCGCCAAAUGAUUCAAUUCUUCAGCUCUCUCCUCGUCAUAUCAAGGUCUUAUGUGAACUUGCAUAUUGUUUGCUUGAGCGGACUCCAAAAGAUUCGCCUGGUUUGGCCAUAUCCACAUUUAAGAUUCUUUUUGGGAACGAUACAUUGCUUCAUCGUCUGAAAACAAGUAGCAGUGGCUCUUUGGCAAUUUUUAAUCUCCUCUGUGACUUAUCCAAACGCUGUAUGUCCGGUUGUGAUAUGCUGGUUAUGAUAAUAGAAAUGUGCAUUGCGGAUUUCCAGCUAGCAUGCACUAAACUUGCGAGUAGUAAAUGCUCUACAGAUAUGGAGAACGAUCUGCUUAUUCUUUUCAGCGCCUCAUUGUUUGCAACUAUCUGGAAGUCUGUUUCCAAUGAACCUGAACGAAUAGCCCUUGCAAAUGCUGCUAAUAGUAGAUUAAUUCUCAUUCUUGCUGACCUGCAUCGCCAGUUUGCUCUUUUUACGAGAAUUUCCCAGCGCGUUCGCCUUGCCUUCUGGAUGACACUACUAUCAACACUGAACUAUGGAAUUGAUCACACUGUCGAAUGCAGUGGAGAUCUGCUUUUGGUCAUCCAGCAGCUAUUCAAAACAGCAUCAAAUAAUUUACAGGAGCUUAUUUUAAGCAAACACCUACUUCAAACACUGAGUGGUUCUUUGGCAGCCCAGCUUUCUCGAUCUUUCUGCAUUUACUUGCUUAGUCUUAUGCAAGAUCCCUGCUCCCCCGUUAGAGCUAAUGAUGGUUCAUAUUUUUCUGAAGCCAUUGGGGUCUUGAUUCGCAUUUGGAAGAAUAAGACGGCAUCCUCGAAAGUAUUGGAGCUUGCCUACAUGUGUAUAAGUCACCCUCUUCCUCGCAUUCAAUCGUCUGGGGCCGACUUACUUCUUGUUUUCAGUCCUUCGUUGGCCAGGAUUGAGUCUGCUCGCGCCGCUAAUAUUAUGCUUCAUUGGUAUCUCAGUACAAGUCUCGAACUUUCUACCUCGCUCGUUACUUGUCCAUCAAUCAAUCCAGCGAGUUUUGGUGCGUCAAAAGAAAAUGGUACCUUAUUGCGAACUCAAGGUGCAUUCCCGAGUUUGCCUGCAGCCGCUGGUGUGUUAGGUAUUCUCACUCGAGGUGCACCAUAUCUAUCUGAGGAGCGAACAAGUCGGUUGGAAAUUCUCACCAACUGCUCUGACUGGCUACGUCGUCUUGCUUGUUUGAUCUCACCCCUUUCGACGGAUAGUAGCACUAAUUGGUAUGCAUCAGAUACUUCUCCCCUGAGCCUAGUGUUUUUGUUCACCACUUGGUCUAUGGUCGACUACAAACUAAAAGUGGCUCCCUGGGCGAAUCCAGUGAAAACAUUCCUCUCAAUUGAAGCCAUUAUCCAUGCACUUUUAUCCAAUUUGACGAAACAAACUUGUACGCAUUCACAGGUUCCGGAAUUGCAAGCCUUUAUUGGCGUCUCAGGAGCCGUAGUAGCUCGGCAGUCUUUGUCACGGCAGAUUAGCCAGUCUGCCCUUGUGAUUAAUUUUAUGCAUCUACUAGAGAAAGCUACAACUAACGCAGUGGAUGGAUUCGCCGCUGUUAUUCCACCCGUCCUCCCUACCGCGCAUGCUUUCUUCAAAGCGAAUGCGAUGACUUGUCAUCAGUGGUUUAAUCGCGUGCGAAUGCCCUUGGUCACUUUGGCUGCCUGGUUGGCUCCUCUUUCACUUGAAGGAUCUGAAGCUUCAGCAACAGUAAUUUGGAACAUCUAUGCUCUCCUUUACCAGGUGCCCACUGGUGAUCCACUUGAACUGCUGAACAACAUUUUGGUCUUCGGUAAUCCUGAGAAAAUCAUACUCUGUGUCAUCCAAGCACUACAUCAUCUCGGUGCAGUUGAUGAACUUGCCCUUGUCUACAGAUGUCUUGAACGCAUUGCAAUGAACUCGGUCAAGCCAGGAGUGCACCUCUAUAGCUGGGUGCAUGGUCUCGUUUGCGUAAUGAAAGGACGCUUGGAUGUGGGCUUGUCAUCUUUCUCGACGUUCUUUGAAUCCCAUCCACCACCACUGUCAUCAGAUUCAUUAGGUUCACUCUCCUAUGAAUUUGCACGGCGUCUCUUUACCGCCCUCCUUGUGCGUUUGGGUUACCCCAGCGAGGCUGUCCUCCAUUUGUGUAUCAAGAAAGACCUCUCUGACAGCCCUGAGGCUUGCACUAAUCAAGGUGAUACUCCGAUGGUCAAGCGGAAAAUUCUUGCUAACAAUGGCAAAAAGAAAGUGGUGGAUGAGUUACCCCUUCGUUUUUCCGCCAUUUCUGAGCAGCGACUUCAAACUCUGCAGAAGCUAUCCACAUGGGAUAGUGUUAUGUCUGCAGUAUCGUCAUCUUCCCAUUCUGUUGCCUCAAUGCUCACGGAGCAGGAGGACAAGCUACUAUCACUUCAUUCAGAUUCAGUUUCUGAAGUCAUGAAUGCUGUUCGUCAAACUGCCACCGCAGUUGUUUCUUUGGUUAAUUUCUGCAACUACCGAGAUUGCCACGGCGUUCCCCACUUGGAUCCAGAGCCAUCUCUUUCGAGUCUUACCCUUGAGGCCGAUCUUCUUUUCAACCAAUCUCCCUCUCUAUGCACUGUCGGUGACAUUUGCGUUGGCACUUGGAGCCUGUUGGCAAAGAAGAAUGGAAGUCUUUCAGUAUUUCUCGAUGCCUGUGAGCCCCUUCUCAUUCCUCGUAGUGACGAUUACUUACCGGUCGACUCCUCCAGAGGCAUUGCACUGAAUUUGCUGAAGCAGCAGCUCGUUGCUCUUGAUAUACAGGAGGAGAUAACAAACUACGACAAACUUGUUAGUAUCAUAAAUUCGAGAAUUGACUUUUCAAGUUUUGACCGAAUGCGUCUAAUUCGUUAUAUUGGAAAUCUUCUCUGGACGUCAGAUCGUGGUAAUGACGACCGUAUCGCUGCUAUGGCCUGCUUGUCUGAAGGCCUUCUGCGUAGUGUGUUGGGCGCUGAUACAUCGAAUAGCAUUGAACAUGCAAAGCAGUGCUUGCUCAACGUUUCAGUUGCUCUGCAGUUGUUCAAGUUUCUGGCCUGUACUUUUUCCACCCAGGAAGGAGAAGUCAGAACCAUGUGUCAGGAGGUCUUCUGCACUUGCGCUUCCGAAGCUGGCGUUUGUGAAGUGGUAAGUACAUUUCCUUACCUUUGGCUUUCGUUUAGCAGACUGAAACGCCUUUUGUCUAUGCGCAUUUCAACAUUUAGGCUCCCUACUGCAAAACUCUGCACUAUGCAAUCCCACUUGCAGGUCACCGCUAAGGGGGCUGCACAGUGUCUGGUGCGACAUCUACUUCAAUUCGGUCAUCUUGCAUCCUCUGCUUGGGUAGACGGCGUCCCACUCGUUUCUUCCAAUGCUGAAAUCGAAACUGCCACAGCCUCUUCACCUUCAGAACUUCAAAUGCGCCUUCUUAUGUUUGCCACGCACCUCUCACCAACUAACGCCUCUGCUUUAGCUUGGCUCCAAAUGGCUCAUUGGUGCUAUGAGAGAGGUCACCAUGAUGUCAAUCAGACAAAGGCAGAGGCAAUGAGAGUCCUCGAGUUCCCGCAGUCUGAGCCAAUAACGACUACACUAUUUGAUGCACUCACUCCAGAUGAAUGUGAAUCGCUUUCUCAGCUUUUAUCAUCCAAAAUCAUAAAUGAGGACAAAUCAGUUGAGGCCCGGAUUUUGGCCAAGCUGUACACUUUUCUCCACGACGAUGCCGAUGAUUUAACUUCGCGCCAGUAUUGUAUCGACGACCUCUCUGAUGCUGGCAUUCCAGUUAAUGACCCGUGGGCGAAAUUUCUUCAGUUGAGGUCCCGCUUUGUUGAUCACCUGUUGGAUGGCACCAGUCUUACCAGUGAGGCUCUAGCCUUGGAUGGUCCUCUAUUGUCGGGAUGUGCAUCACUUGCCUCGUUGUUGACAACAAGGCUCUAUACACUACAAUCGUUUGCUGCGCAAGCCUACGUGACAUUUCUUUCGGUUGCUGGACAACAUACAAAUGACGGAGUCGAUGUGUUAGAAAGCACUUCAAAGCCUCGGGAAUGCAUUCAACCAAUUCAACCAACGCUAGCCACCCUACGACUACUACACUUACUUGAUGAACCGUGCCGAUCCUUGCGUGUCACGGUAAGGAACCUUGUGGUCCAUGGCAGUUCAAAUGACUCGGUCCUACUGUCCCCACCACCACUUACUACUAUCCAUUCGGCACCACUGAUGUGGGCGGGCUGUCUCCCCCAAGUCCUGGAUCGUUUAGGGCACCCCGAUCCUGCAGUCCGUCAGUGCCUUGUGGAUCUUCUCAGUCGUCUUAUUCGUAUGACUAAUCGAGAUUCUCCUAGUACCGAUCGAAUUCUAGCAAAUCAACUGGUCUUUCCUAUCAUUGUCGGUAGCAAGGGAGUCGAUUGUGCACAGCUGGAUGUCCGUACACGGAGUCAUGGAAAGCUAGUUUCAACACUUUGUGAUGCUGGAUAUGGAGCCAUGGUGGAACAGGUAUCCUCGUUUAUCGUGGAAAUGCGGCGCAUUGCGGUUCUUUGGGAGGAACUUUGGUCUGGCGUUCUAAUCCAGCAUAUUGACGAUUUGAACAGAAAGGCAUGUCUUGUGAAUGGACUGGAGGAAGUCAAAAAUGCGACUGCAGCAGACGCUUCAAUGUCACCUGCCAAAGCGAUUGAGGAUCCGAGUGCAAUAGAAGCCGAAAUGAUCCGCCUGAAUACCAUCCAUAAACUGCGUUAUGAGGCUCUGUUGUCGCCCACCUUUACUAUCUUUCAACACCUUCGUGCCCUGACCCUUGAUGCGCCUGUCCAAACGCGUCAUGAGGCUUGGUUCCAGAGCACCUUCAAACAGCACAUCGACGAAACUAUUGCCUCGCUGAAGAAGUUCUGUCGUUCAUCAAUAUCAAACUGCAAAACAUCACCUGUCGUGUCUCUUCAGAGACUGCUAUCACGUUUCCAGACUCUCAAUCAGAAGACCAAAAAAGGCGAUGCUGGGAAGGCUCGAUGUCUGACAAUUUCAAGUCGAUUUUUGAGUCUAUUUCAAAUCUCUCCUAACCUCUUUGCUCUUAAUGGAAAUCUGGAAAUUCCAUUGCCUGGUCGGCCUCACUUUCACCUUGCUCGAUUGGGACCUAGAAUCAGCGUAUAUCCAACGAAGACACGACCCAAGCGCGUGGUGUUCUGGACCGAGGAAGGUCAGUCCUUCCCUUACCUUCUCAAGUGUCUCGAAGAUCUGCGCUUGGACGCGCGUAUAAUGGGUCUCAUGCAACUGACAAACACUGCUUUUCGGUCUCGGGUUCGUAGGGGUGCUGCUACCACCGCGCGCACCUAUUCAGUGACUCCCAUUGGUCCAAAAGCAGGUCUGAUCCAGAUGGUGCAGGGUGCAAUGCCUCUCUUUACUCUCUACAAGCGCUGGCAGCAGAGGAAGGUAACCGAUGCAGCUCCCAGUGGCAUGGUCUCCGAUCCCACCAAACUGGCACUGCCAAAACCCUCUGAAUUAUUCUACAACAAAUUGAAGGAGUUUUUGCCACCUUCUCUCACUUCGUCCAGCGCACGCUCACUAUGGCCCAAAGAUGUUCUUCUUAAGGUGUUCCAUGCACUGGAGUCGGAGACGCCAGCUGAUUUAUUGACUCGUGAACUAUGGGCUGCAAGUCCAAACAUGUCUGCAUGGUGGCAAGCUUCGCAAACCUUUGCCUCUUCCUUGGGGAUCACGUCAGCUUUUGGCUACCUCAUCGGUCUUGGUGAUCGUCAUUUGGAUAAUCUCUUAAUCGAUCUCACUACAGGGACACUCAUCCACAUCGACUUUAACGUCUGUUUUGAUGAGGGCCGUUCAUUGCGAGUACCUGAGCUGGUUCCCUUCCGCUUCACAAGAAUUCUUCGGCACCCUUUGGGACCUCUGUGUGACCCCUCUUCUAUUGCCUCUGGUGGUGGGGGCACUUUUGGAGCUAAUUUUCUCGAAACCCUUAGUACUUGUGCAUCGAUUCAGGAGCUCUUUCGUAUUCAGCUGCAAAGUUUCGCGAUUGAUCCUCUUACCGAUUGGAUGCGGGCAACCACUAAAGGACCAGCCUGGAGCACUUUUGAUCUCACAUACUUUGCAGCAUAUCGGGGUGGAUGUUUAUCGACUUCAGCUGACGCUUUAUCCCCUGGUGAUCGAGAACCUAUUACAAAGAGACGGCGUGUUUUUGAGAGGCUAUCUGUGGAAUUGCAGAGGUCUGCAGGGCUAUUGGCCGCUCGAUUUGCAGAAGUCAUAGUUCCUAACAGGGGACUCUGCGAGCAACUCUAUUCGACCAUGAAUGUGCUUGAGAGCAAUCUUAAAGUUUGGAUUACCUACCAAGAAAAGCAAUUAAAGGUUGAAGGACUUAAGCAGCAACUUGUCAUUCUUAGCGGUAACUCGAGCGAGGAGCUUGCAGGGUUUGAGUCGCGUUGGACUGAAAUCGAACGAGCGAAGAAUCAGGUAUUGAAAGCAAAGAUAUGUUUACUUGAUUUUGCAACCACCGUAGAGCAUGACAUCGGGUGCGCCUUACGUCUUCUAACCAAAUGGCUUUCCAAGGGUUCAGAAGGUUUUAGUCUCCCUGAGGAUGCUGACGAAAAUCUUACUAAGCUUAUUAAUGAGUAUCGAAGUACUGCUCGAGCAUACAUCGUGCCGAACGAUUCUCCACUCCAUUUCACCGUCGAAAACACCCUUUGGUUCUCUACAAAACGUCAACUCAUAUUGGCACUUCGGCAGGCUCUUGAUUCUUCAAUUUCCAAGGGUACUAUCACGUCGUCAUUUGCAAAUUUCUUCCAUCCUCCUUCACAUUCUUUGAUCGAUAGACUUAGAUACGCUCGUCUACAAAGCGUACUGACGGAGGCUGAGACCCAGCUUAGCACUCUAAAGUCUCAGCAUUUCAUUCCAUCCUCAUUUGUUCCAAACGAUCUCUCCUCUCUCCUCACUCAGAGUGAGACUACUUUGACCGCCUUUAUUAGUGAGCAAGAUGCUGUGAUGAUUCUGCCUGCUUUCAAGUGGGCACUAAUCAAGAAUCUUGCUGCCAUGAUCCAUUCUACUCUUACAUUGGAGCCGCUAGAGCAUAUUGAUUUUCUUCAUCAACGCGUCAGCGCUGUUGCUUGUGCCUUCUCUGUUCUUGAUCCCUCUGGCAGUUCAUCCGCAAUACCAUUCUGGGCUGGCCACGAGGCGGACGCUAACUGUGAAUUGAACUUUUUCCUCACCAUAUAUCAGCUGAUUACCAAAUUAGUUGAGCUUCGCGACAACCUAUGUAACCUUCUUUUACCAAAACUAGAAGAUGCUAUUCUGGAAGCUUCGUGCACAGAAUUAGGACUUUUGGAUUGUCUCCAGCAGAUAAUGGAUGGUGGUGGAGAAGUUGAGGAGAUUCAAAAUAAAGUGAAUGGACUUCUUACCGAAAAUAAUACCAGCUCAUUAUCGGAAGUCUUUUUAGCAAUUCAUCUUGCUUUUGUGAAUGCUACUUCGGAGAUGGAGGAGCUGUGUCGGAGAUUGAAUGAUUAUCCUAUCACUGCGGUAGCAUGGGUGCACGUAGAUAUAAUCUCCCGAGCAAUCACCAAUCUCCAGAGUCGAUGUGCUGUCGAACAGGGUGCAACGAGUCUCUGGGGCUGGCGUCCCGUCGCUGAGCACAGUAUUGCCACUACGUGGCUGGAUGAAGUAUAUGCAGCUGGCAUGGUCUCUAGUCUAAAAGUCGCUAUUGACAUCAGUCAACUGUGGAUGGGUAUUCGAGACGGGAAACUCCGGCAUCCCAUACCUUCAGCCCCAUAUGCCACCGUUUUGGAAAGUGAAUUCAUCACUCAUUUGGCUAAUCGCUUGGCUCUUGUGAGUGAAACGGUGCUGGCAUGUGGUCGUUUGCUUUUGUCUCUCUUGGAGGAGUCGGGAUUCACCGUUAGACAGGCGAUUUUUGAAAUUGAGCGUAUGAUGCCUUUGUCGCAUCUGCGAGGUCCGCCAACUGUCUUCAUUGAUAGGAUGAUUCAUUCAGUAGAACUCUGCUUCUUCAGUGUGCAACCACCCGAAGUUCAUGCACUGUCGGCUACAGCAGGGUCCGUGUUGACAGGCAUGUUCACUUCGACCAAUUCUCAUAUGUACACGGCUGUUGCUGCGAGGCAAAUCAAUGCUCAUGAGGCCCAUGUCAAGCUAGUUCAGAGGUUGAAACGGGUCUUUGACUGGCUUCAUGAUUCUCAGGAUGAAUCAGACACGUCUCUCCGUCAUUUUUUGAAUCGUCUUGAAACGUCUGUGGCGAAUGUGAGAGUUGUAGGUGGCCAGUUGAAUGAAUCAACAAGAGAACUUUGUGAAUUGGGGGAUGCCAUUUGUUCAGCUGAAUACGACCGCCUUUGCGACUCACCUUGCAUGGACGAGUUGCUUCCGCUUUUUGCUAAUUACGAUUCUCAAUGUGAGGCGUACACCCGGUUUGGAGACGAACUUACUGCGCUUGAUUCUAUUCUGCUCAAUUUGAAGGAUGAGUAUGAUCUUACUUGGCCAGCAACUGAGUGGACUGAAGUCAUUCUGUCCGGUCCAUGUGGCACAAAUAUUAGACUUGUUGAUGCAAUAUCUUCCCGUCUGAUUGAAGCUCAGAAGGAGUUUGAAGACUCUGCUGCACGCCUAUGCUCGCUCAAGUUGGCACUCACGACUGCCGACGAUGCACUCACUACUUCUAGAGCUUUCGCUACUAGAAAAAAGAAGAAAAGCGCCUUCACUUCGUCACAAAAUCAAGAUUACAAGGGGGAUGUCGCUGAGGUUGCAGUGAUUCGCCAGCUAUUCUGUGAUUUUAAAACAAAUUUCUUAUCAGAGAUGCGCCCUUACGUUAAGCAAUUGAUUCGCCUCAGCCAACUAUGCAAUGAUGCUGAGUGUGAGCGUAUUUGGUCUAAGUGGUUAGACCAUCAGGAUUCGUGGUUGGUGACGUCUGAUCGACUGAUUCAAAACUUUUCUGAUUUACUCACUGGCUUGGUCACCAAUCCAAAUGAGACUGAUGAGGCAGUAUUCUCCUCUGUCAAACUUAGUCUUAGCGAUUGCCUGCUUCUGCGCACCGAUUUGACACCUCUCCUUGUGAACCUUAUUGAAACAGGCAUUUUGACUACUUUGAAAAAGACCAACUCUGUAAAAGUUUUUGCGACUAUUCGGGAGUUGGGGUUUGGUGAGAAGGGUCACGAACUCGAUGCUGAAUUGAAGUUGUCUGAGCUCGCUCCUUCUGAUGGUCGCGAAAUUAUUGCAUCUUCGAGCAACACUCUAAAAAAUGAACAGGUUUCGUCUGAGGCGAUUGAAGCGUUACGUCGACUUUGUCGUCGUCUCAAAGGCGUGGACGAUCUACUGAGAAAGGAAGAUGACGCCUCAGUAAUGAGUCUCACAGAGCAGGCAGACCUCUGUGUGCGCACGGCCAUGGACCCCAAACAUCUUUCGACCAUGUUUGAGGGCUGGACUCCGUGGGUUUGA